AUGCAGCCGAAAGUUCCAUUGCCCCAGCAGAGGCAAAUUCAAAAAAAAGUUGAGAGACUCAUAACCGAACGAUUGCACAAUUUCCAACAUAACGAGGCUACUGACAAUGCGUUUCGACGAGACAUGAUCAACAUAAGCAUGUCACCAUUCACGAAUGAGAUCGAGCGGACAGAUCCAUGUCGCGGGAUCACUAUGCCUCACUUCAUUCCGUAUAAGGGAGACGAAGAUCCAUAUCGACAUCUCAAGCACUAUCGUAGUACCAUGAUCCUUUACAGGAACAACGAUGCGCUUAUGCGAAAAAAUUUUACCACAACUCUACAAGGUGUAGCGCAAGACUGGUUUCACACUCUGCCACCGCAGUCGAUCCGGAGUUUUAACAAAAUGUCCUUUGUUUUCACAAAGGAGUAUUUGUCUAACCGCUCAAUCAAAAAGACAUCCAACCAUCUCUUCAGCAUCGUAAAAGACCCUUGGGAGACAAUUCACGACUAUGUCAAGAGAUUUAAAGCGGAGAAGGCCAAGAUUGUUGGUUGCAACGAAGACAUAGCAACGGCAGAAUUCAGAAAUAGACUUCCCAUUGAACAUCCUUUAUUCAGAAAACUGAUCAUGGAAGAAGAACUAACCCUAGCAGCUUCGUAUGCUUUGGGAGAAAAACAUGCACUAUGGGAUGAGGCCAAGCAGUCUAACAAAAACGAGUCAGAAAAGAAGCACAUGGAACGUUCCCCAACUAGAGAAGACUCAGCGCCUGAAACAUUCACCAAAUUCACAAUUCCAAUCGGCCAAAUUCUCUGCAAGCUCAAGAACGAACCUUGGUUCGAACUGUCGCCACCCAUGAAAGGCGAUCUUACUAGGCUAGAUCAUAUAAAGUAUUGCACAUUUCAUCAACGACCAGGCCACACUACCAACGGCUGCCUGAAGUGGAAGCAGUAUCUUGAAAAGCUGACAAAUGAGGGCCAAUGCGACGAGUAUCUUGACAAGCCAACGAAACAGGCCGAAUAUUAUCUAGUUUGUUAUACAGUUUCUGCCUUCCAGAACAGUUGA